AUGGUCCAAAGUCCAAAUGAUGUGACCUUAUCAGAAAAUAAAAAAAAAAUAAAAGAAAGAAGAAGCUUUAAAUUUAAUUUAGUAAUUCUUAUAUUUUUGGAUGGAAAAAGAGAAGCUCAAAUUUUUAAUUCUCAAGUAACAACAUCCCAGCCCAACCGCCCUAAAGGCUUAUUAAAGCUUUAAAGUGAGUCCCCUGAUAAUAUAUAAUUAUGCUCAACUUGUUGUGCCUUUGAUGUAAUGAAAGUUCCACUUUACAUAUAAAAACAACCAAUCACACACAACAGCAUAAUCAUCUUCAAGCCACACCAAAACAUAAUUAAAAAUUUGUUCUUUCUUCUUCCUUCCUUUUAUUCUCCCCUUUCCACUAAAUUCACAAACCCUCCAGCCUGGCCACCCCAAAUAACCCAAAAACCAGAAGCUCCGAAGCUUGAUCAAUCCAGGAUCGAAUCCCAGUACAAACAUCCAAAGCGAAGAAAAUGCAUUCCAACUCGCCGGAUUCAUCCUCUCUUGUUCUUCAGAGAAUCAACCCUACAAGCCCUUCUACAAGCUCCGCCGCCCUUUCCACAUCCUGCAAACAAGCUCCGCCGCCGCCGCCGCAUCCGUAUUACUACUGCCCUUCUCAGCUCCCGGAGUCCGCCGUCCCUUACCACACAUACCUGGUGGGGCCAAACCAGUGCUGCUCCGCCGUGAUCCAAGAAAUCUCGGCGCCGGUUUCCACCGUCUGGUCGGUUGUCCGGCGGUUCGACAACCCUCAAGCCUACAAGCAUUUCGUGAAGAGCUGCCACCUGGUGUUGGGUGACGGCAACCGCGUCGGGAAUCUCCGGGAGGUUCAAGUCGUGUCGGGACUGCCAGCUGCCAACAGCACGGAGAGGCUAGAGAUCCUGGACGACGAGCGCCACGUCAUCAGCUUCAGCGUGGUGGGCGGGGACCACCGCCUGUUUAACUAUCGCUCUGUGACGACCCUCCACCAGGAGGAAGCGGCGGAGGAGGGCGGGUCCGACGGGAGGACGGUGGUGGUGGAAUCGUAUAUCGUUGAUAUUCCGAUCGGGAAUACCAAGGAAGAAACUUGCGUGUUCGUGGAUACAAUUGUGAAAUGUAAUCUCCAGUCUUUGGCCAAGUUGACCGAGGAUUUAGCCCACACCAAACCAUGAUUCAUUAACUCAAGCGUACGUAUUAAAUUAGGUCAAAAUUUUCACCGUGCCUUAUAUAUAUAUUUUCGUUAUCAACUUUGGAGUUGCUUAUUCUCCUUGUGGAAAACUAUAAAUAUAUUUUGAAUGAAAUGAUGAUGAAUCGGAAUCAAAACUUUGCUUUGUAUCCAUCUCGAGAGAUGGUGAUUUUGUAUCAGAUAUUGCGUCGUUGCGAGGGAAAAAAAAAGGGUGUGUUUAGUUUCUAUUUCUUGCUUAUCUAUGUUUUAUUUAAGUGUUUUGUGAGGUUGGGCUAUCAUCUAAAUCGAGGGCGUGUGAAAUUGUGAAUGGAGUGGUGCCUUGUUUCUUACACUUCUGAAGUAAUUUUUUUUUAAUUUUAUUUUUGUGUAGUAUCCAGUGAUGAAUUUUUUUGUAUAUAGAAUAACUGACAUUGUCAACAUUCAAACGAAAAUUUAAUCCUCAAUAAGCCUUUCUUAUUGUUACUCCAUUGCGAACGGGGUAUACCUUGUGAGUUCAUAGUUAACAACUUGACAUUUUAGAUAUAGUGUUUUGAAAGAAGUAAAAAACAAAAAGGGAAGUGAAGAAACAUAUAUUACUAUGGAAAAUACCAACUUCAAACAUGAUUAUCCCCUUUCUUGGGUUGAUCUGGGGGCACGACGCCACGAAAUGACAUAAAUCUGGACAGAAACUAUAAUUACAAGGUAAUUUAGUGAAUGUUUUUAAGUGAUAUCUUUUCAUUGAACUGAUCUAUUAUAAAGAGAAAACUGUGUGGUAUGCGCAGAAUGAACCUUCCCUGAUUGUGUUUAGGAAUUGAAUGGCAAUGUCAAAGUCAGAUGGUAAUAAAGAAUAUAGAGUUUUAAUUCCUAGUUUUGUAGGUUAAAAUAAAAUAAUGACAUGUUCUGCCAACGAGGGAGCGCUAGCGUUGAGGGUGACUUGGGGAGUGCUAGUACACUGAACCGUGAUCACAAUUAAUGUAAAUAAUCAUAAGCUGACAACAACAGAAAUUUUUAUAUAAAAACCUAGGAUUAUUAAUCAAGCUUUCAUUAAUCAUCGUCUUCUACCCGCUGGAAUUAAGAUUCAUAAACAGUGGGUACUGUAGAAUAAUAGUUGUAGGUACAAAACGAAGCGAAAAUGGUGGGAUUAGUACGAUGUAAGCCAGUUGGUGGCUGUUAAUAUAUUAAUUACUAAUUUAAUUCAAGUUGUAUCGAGAGAAUAUGUACUGUAUCUGCUGGUUGCAGACAUUGAAAAAGGGUAUCAAAUGAAUGAAGGUUGAAAAACCCUCACAAAAUCAUUUUCGAUAAUCAAGCAAUGCAUAGCAAACUUCCAAAUCUGAAGUUACACUAACUCUAAUUAUCAGAAAUUAAGC